AUGCCCCUCACCAAGCUCAGCCCACUACAGUCGCGGCUCGCAGCAUCCCUCAUAGCAUCACUUCUACUCUUGCUGUUAUACUUUACGUUUGCGUCUCCUCACUUUGCAUAUGCCACCGACGUCGAUUCAAUACGACCCGAAGAUCACAACCACGAGCGGUUACUGGAGAGGCCGUUUCUGGAUGUCGAUAUGGAAGAGUUGGAACGGGGAGAGAUAUCAUACGAGGCAGAAUUCAUAGGUGUCGAUCGGGGAAUCAUUGGCAGAGCUCCUACAGGCAAUGAGCCUAAAGAAGUAAUUAACAAUCGUCUAGAGACGACAAACAUUGCCUUGGGACAAACGGUGUCGUAUAUCUUCUCUAAUGCCUCGCUAUAUGGCGAGAAAUCGACAACGAAAGCUUUUUUAUCUCCUUUGCGGAUUCAAGGACGAGAUUUUGAGGAAGAUGAAUUAGAAGACGACAGUCAAGAGAGUGGGGACCUCAAACUGAAAGCUAGACAGUCGAGCUCAAAUUCUCGAACAUUAUAUAUUUCUGUCACUGCUUGCGUUCAGCCAACAGCACUUGAUACUAGCAUACAUGUACCCCCGCCGCAACUUCAGUUGUAUGUAUCACAGUCAGCAAACAAUACCAAUCCUGGUCCUGGGACAUCUCCUCAGGAUAUGAUCGAGUUGGAAGGAGGCUAUGUGAUGCUCGCCCUCAAUGCUACAGGCGAUGUUUACUUUGGGGUCUUCGGCAACAAUAACACCCAAACAACAUAUACAGACCAUCCUUGGGAGGUUGAGAUCGCGGCCUCUAUUGAUGCUCCUUACCAUUAUUAUUACGAUUCGUCGGAUAAUCUUUCACUGGUGGAUAGCGACACAGGCUCUGCAUUAUUACUUGCUGGUAACCCGAUGAAGCUCGACGGAGAUGGCCAAAACCACGCUAAAUGGAUGGACGUUUCAACACCGUUUAGUCUAUUUGCCCGGGACAUGAGUGAUCAAUCUAUCGUAGGGCUUGAAAAUUCCUACUGCGCCUGGACGAAGGGGGAGCCGGGGAUCCAAGUGGGAAGUUCUGUGGCCAAGCGGGAAGUUGACCAGUUGCCUGAUGAGCAAUUCUACGUCCAAGGUCUGUCUGGUGGUUCAAAAUACCGUGCCGCCCUCGCUAUGAAUGGGAACUCGACGAGUUCUGGAUCCGGCAUCGUUGGAGGUGGAGGUAUUGUCUUCCGAGCGACAAACUUCAGUACCCUCUCAGAUGGAAACUGUGCUGUAAUUACCAACCUAUCCUUCUGUGAUGCGGUGUCAUACGCGGUCCCAAGCAAUCCAACAAAGUUUCCCAAUUCGACAGCCUUGGCCGACUUCUACGAUAACUAUGCCAGGCAACAAUUCGGAUAUUUUCAGAAUGUUUUGAAUAUGACACCUUGUGAAACGACUGGAUCCGCUCAGUACUCUCUCGCCCGCAACUGUGAUAAUUGCACUACAGCAUAUAAGGAGUGGUUAUGUGCAGUUGCAAUCCCGCGCUGCACUGAAAACUCGACCGAUUCCCAAGACUAUCUUCGAGUGCGUGCAAUGGGCUACCCGUUCCCAAAUGGGUCGUAUCACCCGGAUUAUGUCGAACUAGGUGCUCAAGGUGCAUUUGUCAGGAAUUCACGCAACCCAGUGAUUGACGCGAAUGUAACGUCUGGACCAUAUAAGGAGCUUCUUCCAUGUGAAGAUUUAUGCUACCAUGUGGUUCAAAGCUGCCCCGCUUCGAUGACUUUCGAUUGCCCACUACCUGGCAGUAUUUCGUUCAACCAAAGUUAUGGGCAAAUCAAUGGUGCAUUUAGUAAUUCGUCGACAGGUGAAAUGACCCCAGCUCAUUGCAAUUACCCGGGGCCGCUUCCUUCGCUAUCCGCUGGUAGUCUGGCAUUACCUUCGCAGGUGCUAAUGGUUCUCAUGUUGGUUGCAAUGGGGACAGUGUACAUAUGA